CUUAUUUAAGUGCAACAGUCCUGAUCCUUUGCUGUCUCUGAUUCGGGGCUACAGAAACCUGUUUCUGCAAUGAAUACAUCAAGUUACAUCUUCUCUGUACAGUCUGUCCUGCUCAAUGGGACCUUGGACAUCAAUGAGAACCGUUCUCUGGUAAACCUCAGCUCGAUUGGGUUCUGCGAACAGAUCUUCAUAAAGUCUGAGGUUUUUCUCACCCUGGGGAUUAUCAGUUUGUUGGAAAAUAUCCUUGUUAUCCUUGCCAUACUUAAGAACAAGAAUCUCCAUUCCCCCAUGUACUUUUUCCUUUGUAGCCUCGCUGUGGCUGAUAUGCUGGUCAGUGUCUCCAAUGCUUUGGAAACCAUCGUAAUAACAUUUCAAAGUAAAUAUGUGUUCAUAGGAGAGCAACUUCUACGUCAGUUGGACAAUAUCUUUGACUCUCUGAUCUGUAUUUCAUUGGUAGCGUCUAUAUGCAACCUCUUGGUUAUUGCCAUAGACAGGUAUAUAACGAUCUUCUACGCCCUCCGGUACCAUAGCAUCAUGACGGUGAAGAAAGCCAUAUCCUUGAUUGUAGUGAUUUGGAUAUCUUGUAUCAUUUGUGGCAUUGUGUUCAUUGUCUACUCUGAGAGCACGACUGUCAUUGUGUGUCUCAUUACCAUGUUUUUUACCAUGCUCGUACUCAUGGCUACCAUGUAUGUGCACAUGUUCCUGUUUGCUCGUCUGCACGUGAAACGGAUUGCCGCUCUUCCGGUGGAUGGCGUGGUCCAGCACAGGACAUGUAUGAAAGGCGCCAUCACCAUCACAAUUUUACUUGGAGUGUUUGUUGUGUGUUGGGCUCCUUUUUUUCUGCACCUCAUUCUCAUCAUAUCUUGCCCAUCUAAUUCCUUCUGUGUUUGCUACACUGCUUAUUUCAACACGUAUUUAAUCCUCAUUAUGUGUAAUUCAGUCAUAGACCCUCUGAUUUACGCUUUCCGCAGCAUGGAAAUGCGCAAAACCUUCAAAGAAAUCAUAUGUUGCUAUGGUAUGAAUUUUGCCAAGUGUGGCUAAUUGCUGCUAUGGUUUGGCAAAUGAUGACCAAAGUUCAUACCCAUUAAAAUGUUGAUUUGAAUUUUCACUGUUUUGAGGAGGGGAUUAGAAUUUAUUCACUAAAUACCUACUUGAGAUUUGUGCGCACUGUUGGCUACGAUAGCAGUGUCAUAUUGUCCUCUGAUCAUGAUGUUUCCUUUAUGUUUUUUAUAGCUAUUUCUUAAGCCAUCACCACUCAUUAUUGACUAAUAAACCCAGAAUUAAGAUACGUAGGGUAGCUAUGAACUA